AUGACUGAGAACAGUCUUGACUCUCGUGACCUGGUUUGCGUUGGCGGCCAACCUGGUGUUCUUGCUCAUUUGCUGCCUCAUGAUCCACGGCGUGCGACUGGCAUGUUGAGGUUUGGUGAGACCGUGUUUGACAGGUGGGUGAUCGGAGCGACACCUGCACGAAAAAGUUUAGAAAACAAGCCGCCACUGGGUUGCGUCAUCUUCCCAUCAGAUAAUGCAAAUUUUAUUCCAAACUUGACUCCGAAGCGCAACUUGACCCUGUUUUUUUCGUAA